AUGCCGCCUCCAGCAAUAUUGCAGAAUAACGAUGAUGAAUCCAGCGUGAUGAACGACUCCAAGUAUGAAUUGUCGGGCCCGGUUCCUUCAAUGUUGGAAAUGAGCCGCCAUCUUCGGAAGACAUCUUCCUCGUAUCCCUCUCAGGGUAAAGCAUCUACGCGGAUUCAGUCGCCGGAAUCAAUGUUUCGUCCAAACAAGCUUAGUCACACCGACCUGUCUCGCUUCAGCAAGGCAAAUGACCGGCUUUCGAACCUCCGCUCUACUUUAUCUUCAGACGAGUAUUAUGACAGGACGAUGAGCACCAACCCCCUCGAGGUGAUGGAAGCUGUUGCAACCAUCAUGGAACGUCAAGGCCAGCCUCAGCCGCGAGUAACACCAUAUAAUCAGUACGAGCUCGUGGAAAGUACAGAAGUGCUUCCCAGCGACUCUGCCUCGCAGCACCCAAGUCCCUCUGGAGCACAUCUUGCGAUUGGCACUCAUGGCUCAUCGAAGAAACCGAGAGGAUUAACUUGGGAGAGCUUGGAUACCAUAAAUGGUCAAUACGAUGGUGCAAAUGAAGCGAACAAUCGACUGGAGAGCCCUGCUUCUGCCGUACGGUCACCAAGCACACCAGCAGAUCAAGAGCAUCCUAUCAAGAAGAUCAAACGGAAAGCAUCUGUCUUCUCUCUCCACAGCCUGGCCAACCCCCUUUCCAAGCACCCAAAGCUUGGCUUGCGGAAAUGGGCCAGCAGCGUGUACCAUCAAGGAAGUCAACGGCUCAGCCAGGCUCGACUGAAGUGGAUACGUCCGGCUCGACAAGAUCGGCGGAUGUUUGAAACGUGGAGGAUGCGUCAUCGUGGGACGGACUCAGAAUCGUCUCCUUGCAAAGAAAAGGCCGACAGGAACUCUGGCAUAUAUUCGUCUGAGGGCAGGGUUUGCGCGAGUGAAGAUUGGUGGAUGGAUGGCGUCAAGAUAUUUGAGGCGCCCAAGUGGAUGAAUUUCGGUGGUUUUUCUCGUUCUUGA